AUGACGAAGAAAACGGAAGAAGAAGAGGGAAAUCCAAAACGGACUCGCGUCGUCUGUCCUCCCACCGUGUUUUGAAGUGAAUAGUGUAGUUGAGCUGUAACAGCGGCUGUUAAGUGAACGACAGCUGCUGAAACCGAAGCAAAAGUAAGUGAUUAAUGCAGAGGGCUUCCCGUUUGAAGCGUGAGCUUCAGAUGCUGAGCACCGAGCCACCUCCAGGGAUAACAUGCUGGCAGGCCGAGGAGCGGAUAGACGACAUCCGGGCACAGAUAGUGGGCGGAACAGGGACUCCAUAUGAAGGUGGACUCUUCUCCUUGGAGAUUAAUGUCCCAGAGAGGUACCCAUUUGAACCGCCCAAAAUGCGGUUCUUGACCCCCAUCUACCACCCAAACAUCGACAAUUCAGGACGUAUCUGCCAUGAUGCCCUCAAACUCCCACCAAAGGGUGCCUGGAAGCCAUCCCUAAACAUCUCCACAGUCCUCAGCUCCAUUCAGCUCCUCAUGACUGAGCCCAAUCCAGAUGACCCACUCAUGGCUGAUAUAUCAUCAGAGUUCAAAUACAACAAACAGCUGUUCACGGAGAAGGCCAGGAAGUGGACACAAGAACAUGCUGUUCAGAAGAACAUGGGAGUCGUGGAAGGCAACAAAGAAAAUACUCCAGAUCAGAAAGCUUCAUCCCGCAAAAGAGAGGCUUUCGGGACGCACCAGGAGGCAGUGGAGCCACCAAAGAAGAGCUGUGUGUAGCUUCCAUCUCGCUUGUAAGAGCCACAGGUCUCUCUUCUCCGGACAUAACAUUCCUUAUACACCUGGUUGGAAAGAGUAUGAUUUUUAACUUUUAAUUCAGUGCCAAUACACACUUGAUUUCACUAUGUAUGUAUUACUUUUCUUAAUCCAGAAAUACCCACAUAUUUAUAUGUAUACUUUUUUAUGUUUGUGUCGUGAUAUUAAAGUUUAUUUUAACACUAAUUGAUGGAACUGAUUUAAUGUUUUACAGACUUCUCGUGUUGUGAGCAUUUGUGUUUCACAGUAGUAGCAUAAGUGAAGUGGUUGAUGGUAUAUACAGUAUGAAGAUAAUAGAUUUAUUCAAACAUAUGCAUACCAGUUGUAUACAAAGUAUGUACAUCCUAAAUAGCAAGUUGUAUUUUUACAAACUAAGGAUUUAUUUCUUAAUAUAUAAAAUUAUAUAUUUGCUGCUUAUCAUAUAAAAAGGGAGACAAACAUCAUAAGGCUGUAGUGAGUCAAUACCAUGCUAGUUCAGAGGUAGUUACAUUGUAUGUACAUAUUGCUAGCCUACUCUAGUGUCUGUGGAAAGAUAGCUACAUCCCAUUCAGUCUGUAUAACUGCAUGCCUCGUAUUUGGGCAGAUUUGCAUAUUUAAGAAAAAAAAAAAUCAUGCAAACCGUAUGAAUCUGUUGCAUUUUGCUGCCACAAAGAAUAACAUUCUCAUAACCGCUAUUACACAAUUGCAAAGAAAUAUCCGACUAUAACAUUUCCGUGAAUGAAAAACGGUAGCUUACUCUGGUAAAAACAAAUGUCCUUGUGUGUCCGAUAAUGACUCCCUUUCUUUGAAACAGACCUUAGCAAUGGCAUAGAACUUAUAUUUAUAAAAAUAAUAAGAUAACCCCUCUUAAAAUAUAACCAAACAAUCUGUAACCUCUAAGCUGCAUGUCUCAUGAUCACAUUUCAGAAAAAAAACAUUUACACUUAAAAUUCUACUGGUUCUACCUUAAUUCCCCCUGGCUUAACCAUUGAUUUGUCAGAUGCUUAGGUUUUCCAUGUAGUUUACAGCUUUUGUUUGAGCUUUCUUUUUGUCAUGCGAGUCCAUGACUCAAACAGUCCACUGGGUAAUGUCUGAAAUUGUCCUUUAUUUUAACAGACAUGUUGUAGUGGGGUGUUUCCUUUAAUAGUCUUUACAUUGAAGGGAGCUUUUAGUUGCACUCUCCAUUUUCAGAGGCACUUUGUUGUGUUCUCAUAGACUUCUCUAGAGUACUCUACAGUCUCUGUGUGGACUCAUUCUGAGGUUCUGGAGGAUUGAUAACCCCGAGAGGGUCUUGCUGUUUGAUGAUGGUCCUUUAGUGUCCAUAGUGUCCCAGCUAGCUUGGAGGCUCAUGGAUGAGAGGGGAGAGAGGGACUCAUGGCUGAGUGAUACAGGGAGCAAGUGUUAUGAAUCACGUCUUGAUCUAAACUCUUGAGACAUUCCUCGUCGUUCAGGCUCCCUCCUUCUGUCACCCUGUCUCUAUCUCUGGCUGUGGGAAUCUGGCAAGGGAUGAGAGGAACAGAGGAAGUAGAGGAGCAGUGGGAAAACCUGAUGGGAUCCAGUUGGGGUUGGAGAGAGGACCCGCCACUGUAAAGGGCGUCGACAUCAGCAAGUGACACUUGUGUCGACGAAUCGGAGCAGGAGCUUUUCUCUGUCUCCACAGAAACCAGCGAGUCCAGUGUGCGGUCCCGGCGUAGCUGUGGACGUGCUUUGGGGUGAGGCCAGAAGAAGA